CGGAACGAAUCAGUUGUAAACAUGGAGGAGAGAGAAGCACUGAAGAGGCAAAUUGAACUUCUACAAAAUCUCAUCAAUCAGCAUAAGAGUGUCCAUGGCGAUGCCCCGUUCCCAAGAGAUGAGCAGAGGCGUCCGGAAGCACCAACAUCAGCCAGCGGCAGAGGUCAUAGCACAUCUGACGUCCAUCCUCACAGCCACAGAGGAAGACACUAUGCUCCUCACAGCCAUGGAAGUUGGAGGAAAAAGUACUCUCUGAGCAACAAGAACCACCAGCCCUCUGCUGGACAUCCCUCAGCUUCUACCUCCUCUAUUCAUCAGCCCAGUUCCCACAGCAUAUCUCAUAGCACCUCACUGCCCAGCCACAGCAGAGGAGAGGAGAGUGAAAGAGUCACAACUGCCACUUUAUCAUCAGGGAUCCCUCAGCAGAAGAGAGACAGACAUGUAAACAGUGUCACAGGGAGAGCUGCAACAGAGAAACAAAAACCAGAGACUCCUAUAAAAACAGGAGCAGCUGUGUAUCAGCAUGACAACAGAAAAGGAGAUUCAGGCUCAACAGGCACUAGUGAGCGACAUGAGAUGCUUCCCAGACAGACUCAGAUAUUUCAGCAAACCGAAAGCAGCCGUGUAGUCCAGCCUGAAAAGAAUGUCAGUUGUUCUUCAGAAGUGCCAUUUUCAGUUACAGCCAACACCGCAUCUAGUUUGCAGAGCAGCUCUCAAGCACAGAUCAAACCUUCCCUGACAAGCAAAACCAGCGCUGACACUAAACCGACCAUUGAUGCAACAACUCCAGCAAAUCUCACCACUGGUAAUACCAUACCACCUCUCUCUGCUCUGUCUAAAAUAUCAGAUCAGCCCUCCAUCAGUCCCACCUCUUACACCAGCCAGGGCCAAGCAUCUUUUCUGAAAAAAUCCAAGUUCACUUGGGUAAAGAACCAGACUGUCAGAGGAGUGGAAUCUAAGCAAGCUAGCUCCAUAUCCUCACCCACAGGCAAAGCUGUGACUGUUGCCCCACUGUCUGUGUCAAAAGCUGGUGUAGCCAGUGGAAACUCCCCCUCUUCCUCAGUCAGUAAGAGAGCCCCUGCCAAGAAGUUACCUCGAAAGCUAAGCCCAGUCACUGUAGCCCCCAGGACUUCCAAGUACAAGUGGGUGUCCUCCUCUGCUGGAGCCCAAGUUAAAAUACCUCGAAAGUCACCAUCACCCAAAGCCCUGACUCUUUCCCAGAGAGCUAUGGAGAAGGGAGAGGCCCCGAAGAAACUCAGAGCAGCCUCCACUCCCUCUGCUAGGAUAAAAAAGGGAAUUGCAGGUUCCUCAACCAACUCCUCACCGAGCAGCCGUUAUCGUUGGAAGGCUGGAGGCCAAAGUACCUCUGCAGCAGUGACAGGAGGGGUGACAGUGGCUCGUCGUAGAUCUGCCUUCCACUGGACAGCGGAAAAAAGCAACAAAGGAGUAAAAGGAGGGAUUAUUCUUUCCCCAUCUGUAACCCAACGUACCUCUCUUACACCCUCCCCCUCUUCUGGUGGGUUCAAGCUCCGCAGCAGGAUGAAAAUCAUCAGGAAGUCUGCUAGUAGUGGAGGUGGGUCAGAGAAGGGGACCAGCCCAUCAGCAGUAAAGUACUCCCCACGGGGCCGCACGCACAGCUCGACCAGGUCUCCCACAGGAGUUAGGAGGACACCCUCCAGGGAGCUUGUGUCUUUCGGCAGACACAAGUUGAGGCGGCUCUCCCCCACCUUAUCAAGAACAGGUCCCGCCUCCUCUUCCCACCGUAGCCCAGCCUCUCAGCGGGUGUUUAGGACACGCUACAAGAUGGUGACCCGCCCGGGCUCUAGCCCCUCCCACACCCUCCACUACAACCCUGCCCUCUCUUGGAGAGCCAAAAGGAUCCAGUCUGCCAGGAGUUUCCUUCAGAGCCGUAUGCGAGCUCCCCACGACAGACACCCAUCAUCCUCUCAGCACUGGAAGGGAAGCAGCAUGUGCUGGAUCCGUGGCUCCCUGUACCGGGUGUCAGCCAAUAAGCUGUCCCGCACGGUGUCGUCCAAUAUGUCAAUUAACCGAACAGGAAGGUCUUUUAGCACUGCCCAGGUCUCAUCCAUGAGUCCUACUUUCAACCGACCCUCCAGUUCUCGUCAUUUAGCCAGCCGCGCAGUCCAGCGAAGUCUUGCCAUAAUCAGACAUGCACGCCAGAAGAAGCAGCAAAAGCAGUACUGCAUGUACUACAACCGCUUCGGCAAGUGUAACCGUGGCAACAGCUGUCCCUACAUCCAUGACCCAGACAAGGUCGCCGUCUGCACUAGGUUUCUACGAGGAACGUGCAAGCAGGCAGAUGGGACCUGCCCAUUCUCCCAUAAGGUGGCUAAAGAGAAGAUGCCUGUGUGCUCCUACUUCCUGAAGGGAAUCUGCAACAACAGUGACUGUCCCUACAGUCACGUCUACGUGUCCCGCAAAGCUGAAGUGUGUGAGGACUUUGUCAAAGGCUACUGUCCAGAGGGAGAGAAGUGCAAGAAGAAACAUACUCUGGUGUGUCCAGACUUCUCUAAGACAGGAUCCUGCCCUCGAGGAGCCCGCUGCAAACUGCAGCACCGCCAACCAGCCAAAAGAAGCACCAGCAGCACUUCCACCCCAGCCAAGAGAGCCCGAACCAAGGAGCCCUCAAAGAGGCCCCGCCUGUCUGUCGUCAUGCCGCAGGACUCUCAGACAGCUCCAAGGACGCCCACCAAAGGUCCUUUGGAACUCCCAUCCUACAUCUCCCUCUCCAGCUCCCCAGAGGAGGCAGACACACCAGAUACACUGCCAGCUGAGACCUCACAGGUUAAAGAGAAAAAACUGCAGAUCAAGCCUCGGCUGUGAGACUACAGAGACCAGCAGCACCAGAGGUGAAAAGCACCCCUCGAUGAAUUCUGUGCUCCAGGUUUGUCCUGACAGGUGUCCCCUCCCUUUGAAUUUCUUCACUCAGGGCCUGAAAGUUUUAUUGACUAUGAUCUAUAAACCUGUCGCAUAUCUCACAUAUCAAUUUGGGUGUUUACAGUGCAGAUUUUUACUCAUCAGGUUUUGUAAAUUUUAAACUGGCAAAUAAAAUAUCAGCUCUUA